AUGCGGGUGAAAUAUGCAAUCCUUACUGCGAGACAACCCGUUCUUUUCGCCCUUGAAACCAACCUAGAGUUCGUCUCGGGAUUCGCCGUCAUCGUCGUCCUCGCCAUCAUCGCCGUCCUCGUCGUCUUCGUCAUCCUCGGCAUUCAUAUAUUCCGAGUCGUCGGAUAUUGUACCAUCCUCGCUACCGAGUUCUUCGCUGUGUUCAAUGCCGUCUGGGACAGGAUCUUCAAAAUCACUAGGAUCCAAAUAUACAAAUCCCCAUCUUGUAUGGCUUGGAGUUCCACAUUCCACGCAUCGAGUGGCUGUGGGGGUGGGAUUAUCGCUGCCGGUAGAGAAUCAAAGACAAAAUUAAACGACGUUGUUAGAACCACCGAACAUGGCUUCCUUGCUCUACGCAGCCGCGCUAAUAAUAAUCUUAUACCUAAAGAUACGCCUACCUUAUAA